UGGCGGACUCAUCGUUCGGUCAUCAUAACAAAAACAUCUGUGUCAGCUUGUUGUCGCGUCUCCUGAACGUUUAACAAAUAUGACAGUGACAUCACGGACAAUAUAACAAGCAGACGACCAACAUGGAGACGUAGAGCGCGCGGAGUCCAGCAGCUAGCUUGUUCUAGCUUUAUAGGUUAGCGUUAGCUUAGCUGGUUAGCUUAGUUAGCUCCUAGCUCUGUCUCCAUGGCGUCCUCAGCGGGGCUCCCACCGCUCGGCCCGGACCGUGCUGCCUCAUCCUCCGGCCCUCACUCCGGUGGGAGGCCGCCUCACCGCCCCCAUCACCCCCAUCCGGCUCACUCCACCCCGGGCUGUGUGAUGGUGGAGUCGGUGGACGACGCGGAGGGUCUGUACGUAGCGGUGGAGCGGUGCCCCCUGUGCAGCACCUCCCGCCGCAGGCUGACCUGUGCCCGGUGCGUCCAGGCCGGGGACUUUGUGUACUUCGAGGGAGGGAGGAACACUGAGAGAUACAUUGAAAAGUUGGAGCGGCUGAUGAAGCUGAAGGAGGAAAAGGAGCAGCUGCAACAGAAAGUCAUCCAGGACAUGAGCAGGAAGCUGCAGGCUGAUGAGAUGAAAUGGAAGAUCAUGUCGUGUAAGAUGAAGAUCGAGCAGCUGAAGGAGGCGGUCGCCGGGGGCAACGAAGAGGUGAAGAGUGAUAAAGACCUCCUCCUGCGCUCUCAGGAGGAGAGCCAGCGGCUGCAGCGUCGGGCCGGCCGUCACCAGGAGAAACGGGAUAAGAUUGAGCGUCACAACCGUCGUCUGGGAGAUCUGCUGGAGAGACGCAGCCGGGAGCUACAGAGCCGACUGAGCCAGCUGGCGGCUCUGAGACGAGAACACAUCCUGGAGCUCACCACGCACAUCUUCCCCACACAGGAGGAGAAGCAGGGCAGCAGAGACCCUGCAGAUGUGGUGGCAGAGUGUGACCCUGCGCUGACCUCCAGCACAGUGAGCGAGCUGGCUGAAGCCCGGAGGACCACCUAUCUGUCGGGGCGCUGGAUCUGGGACGACCAGAACGGAGAGACCAGCAUUAGCAUCACGGGGCCUCCUGUCACCCUGCCCAGCAACGGGGACUGCUCCGCCUACUACAGCUGGGUGGAGGAGAAGAGCACCAAUCAGGGCCCAGAGUUGGACCACAUCAACCCGGCCCACACCAUCAGCGCUGCUCUCUGCUACGCCACACAGCUCGUCACCAUCCUGUCUCACAUCCUGGACGUCAACCUGCCCAAGAAGCUCUGCAACAGUGAGUUCUGUGGAGAGAAUCUGAGCAGAUAUCGCUUCACCAGAGCUCUGAGCAAACUCAACACCAACAUCCUCCACCUCUGCUUCUCUCAGCAUGUAGACAGUGAGAAGCUCCACCCUCAUCACACUCUGAGGAACAUCAUGUUUCUGGUUUCCCCCGACAACGACAACCUGGGCAGGACGGGUCCGUUUGAGGUGAGUGCUGACCUGGAGGAGUCGAUGGAGUUUGUGGAGCCGGAGGCGGCUGGGCCGGCGGAGGAGAGCGGAGACGAGGCCGUGACCGAUGAAGAGACGGACCUGGGGACGGACUGGGAGACGGUGCCCAGUCCACGAUUCUGUGACAUCCCAUCACAGUCCAUGGAUCUUUCCCAGAGUGCAUUGCAGGUCUCUCAGCCCUCUGCUAACACAGGAGGGAUGAUCUCGUCUGCUGCUGCCUCCGUCACCUCCUGGUUCAGAGCGUACACUGGCCAGCGCUGAUCAGACCCGACAGAACCAGUCUGGACUUGGCUGGUGAGAUGUGGACUCCUGGAGGUCUCAGACUUUGGACUGGACUGAGGUCAGAGGUCAGAGGUCAGGCUGGCAGGUCUCCUUUAAACUAAACCGCUGCUCUGAAUCUUUAAAUGAAUCUUUAUGUAGCGAUCAAACAGAGAAGUCAAAUGUUUUCUUUGUAUUUCUGCACACCAGCAUCCAUCUGAUCAUCGGGAGUCUGAAACUGUCCACUGACACUUAACAAAUAAAGAGAAAUGAUUCAAAAACAUCUGUUCAGAUCAGAUUUAGUGUCAGACGAUAAAAUGUUAACGUCGACCUGUAACAGGUAAACCAGAGUCUGACCAUGUGAGACUGUUCUCUGAUGAGGCUUCAUCAGGUCGCUACAUCAUAGUGUGUUAUUAACUAUUGGUUAUAUUUUUAUUAUAGAUGCUAAUUAAGAGGUUAAACUGUUUACUCUUUGCUAAGGACAAAUUAUUUCACCUGUCGACCUGCCAGCCUGUCUGUCUCUCUGUCUGUCUCUCUGUCUGUCGUCACCACAAAGGGAAAGUUUCUGCUUUUAUCUUUUUAAGUUUCUUUUUUGUUGGUUUUUAUUCGUCUGUGUUAUGACGAGAGCCGACAAACUGAACUCCUGAGCGCUGCCAUGGUAACGACAGUGCUAACAAACACUGGUUACCACGGUAGUAACGGAUCCCUGUUUACAAACCCGCAGACUGAAUCGAAGGAGACGCCGCGUUCACACUGGACAACAAAUCUGAAAGCAGAACUGAAUCUGUUUUCAGUCCGCUUUAAAGGAAAUGACUUUUCCUGUGUUGUUUUUUUUUCUGUUUGGAGCAUCGUGAGGAUCAAAAACUGUCGCAUACGCCGAGAGGAGGAAACAGGUGAUGAUGGGACAGACGUCAUCUGUAGAGGUACAUCAGAACUGAACAUGAAACAGACUGAAACACAUCAGCUGACUUUAAAUGUUUCCUUGAAGCAACAUCAGACGAAGUGAAGCUUUAAGACGAGAACUCGUCGGUUCUUCUUCGUUGUUACUUCCUGUUAAAGGAACAAAGUGUGUUUUAAAGUUUCUCUGUGUGUUACCAUGAAAAGAUUUAAAAUAAAAUCCUGUUUUCUGGUUUUGGACGUCGA